CUCCGCCAGCCUCCGGGAGAGGAGCCGCGCCCGGCCCCUGCCCGGCCCCCAGCCCCAUGGACCUCCGAGCAGGGGACUCGUGGGGGAUGCUGGCUUGUCUGUGCACCGUGCUCUGGCACCUCCCUGCAGUUCCAGCCCUCAACCGAACAGGGGAUCCGGGGCCUGGCCCCUCCAUCCAGAAAACCUAUGACCUCACUCGGUACCUGGAGCACCAGCUCCGCAGCCUGGCUGGGACCUAUCUGAACUACUUGGGCCCCCCUUUCAACGAGCCGGACUUCAACCCUCCCAGGCUGAGCGCCGAGGCCCUACCCAGCGCCACGGUGAACUUUGACGUGUGGCGAAGCCUCAACGACCGCCUGCGGCUAGCUCAGAACUACCAGGCCUAUAGCCACCUGCUCUGCUACCUGCGGGGCCUGGACCGCCAUGCAGCCACGGCUGAGCUGCGCCGAAGCCUGGCCCACUUCUGCACCAGCCUGCAGGGCCUGCUGGGUAGCAUCGCCGGGGUCAUGGCUGCCCUGGGCUACCCGCUGCCCCCCCAAGGGGCCGAGCCUGCCUGGGCCCCUAGCCCUUCCCACAGUGACUUCCUCCAGAAGAUGGAUGACUUCUGGCUGCUGAAGGAGCUGCAGACCUGGCUCUGGCGCUCGGCCAAAGACUUCAACCGGCUCAAGAAGAAGAUGCAGUCCUCGGCGGCCGCGGUCACUCUUCGCCUGGAAGCCCCUGCUUCUGACCUCUGACCUCUGACCUCCCUUCUCAGCCUUCCCCGGGAGGAUCCCCCAAGGGCUUCUGGGCUCCCCCUAUUCUCAUAGAGAGCGAUGCAAUAAAGCGCCCCUUAGGGAGCCCAGGGCUGGGGUGGGGGGGAAGCAGAUAGUCAUCAGACUCUGGGCUCCCCACCUUCCCAACCUGGUUGCCGGAAAGCAAUGCAAUCAGAUGAGGAAAGGUGGUGCUCACUGCAGGAAGUGCCUUACAGGGUGAAGCCUCCUGGCUAAACCUACUCUCCCAU